CUGCGGGCGGCGCUCCCCGAAGCGGCGGCGGCUCCGCUCUGCGCGCUCACUCCGCGCUGCCGCAGCCCCCAGCGCCCGCGGCGCCCGGGCGCUCCCUCGCUGCCUCCGCCGGCGCAGGCUGCUCUGUCACUUUAGAGCGAGGGCGAGGCUGAGCCGGCAGCAUUUCCAGCGAGCGCCCGCCAGCAGCCCGGCACCGACUGCAAUUUAGGCAUCUUCAGAGAGGGGAGGAAGAUCCUCAUCUUCCGAAGCCUCCUCAAUGAGUGCCAAGCUCUCCAAGGAGUUGAGACUGUCCCUGCCACCUUGUCUCCUGAACAGGACAUCGUCUGCCACCUUAAACACCAGCAGCACCUGCAUCACGCAAGUGGGUCAACUCUUCCAGUCCUUCUCAUCCACCCUGGUUUUAAUUGUCCUGGUCACCCUCAUCUUCUGCCUGAUCCUCCUCUCCCUCACCACCUUCCACAUCCACAAGAGGAAGAUGAAGAAGCGGAAAAUGCAAAAGGCUCAGGAGGAGUAUGAACGGGACCACUGCACCCGCAGCAGCAGUAGCAGCCGCCAGCACCCUGGGACGGGGGUGCAGGGAGAGGCACCCCAAGGAAGAGACAGCCGGCUGGGAAGACCCCCCCAGGACUCAGAGAUCCAGCGCCCCUCUCCCACGGCAGCCCCGAGCUCUCAGCAACCACGGGCUUGUUUGGACACAGCUGGUGCGGGGCUCCUGCACACGGUGAUUUUGUCAUGAUGGUUUGGGGGAGACCUCGCAAAGGCGCUGGUUGGUGUUUGUAAAUACCCGAGUGAUUAUUCUAGUCCCCGAAGAAGAAGAAAACAUUGCUAAUUCAAAUGAACGAACAAGCCCAUGAUCCAAGCGCAUGACAGAUUACAUUGCGUUUCUCAUUGACUGUGCGAGGAAAAGAUGCGUCUUUUUACCAGAGAAGGAGCUGCACACAGCUACCAAAUAUCAAGUCGUCCACCUGGAGGAGAGGGUCAGGGGUGGGGGGGGUCCCUUUUCCUUGGACAACAUUAUCCCAAGGACCGGGACGAUCCCCCUCUCUCGGGAUUCCCGCUGCACCCUGUGUCACCAUUGCAUGGCUGGGCUGGGGCGUGGGUGAGUGGCGGGCGGGGAGAGGCAGGUCUGGCGGGUGCCUUGGGACCCCCUGUCCCCUUGGAGCAGAGCGACAGUCCACCCUGGUCUCUCCUUCUGUGCUAGGACCUAUGCCCCUGUCCCACCCUCUUGCUCCUUUCCAAGACUGUAUAUUGUUUUGUGUAGAAAUGGCCACCCCCAGUUGGGCUUAACUGCAAGUGCCCUCCAGCCCCAUGGUCCCGUGCCCCCCAGCUGCAGCGCUGAGCAUCCCACUGUCUGGGGGGAUGGAGCCAGCUGUCUGCACAGAGCGAUGCCUGAGCUCUCCUCUCCCCUCAGCUCCCUUCAUUUUCAAAUGCCCCCCCCCCAAUCCCCAUCCCCAUGCCAUGAAACCUGAAACCCAAACCCAGUACAGUUUUGUGUGGCAGGGAGAGGUGAUGUGCAGUAACUUGCCCAUCCUCUCCCAGGGGAGGGUGUCCUUGUACCUCCUGUUAGUCCUGAAACAAAUCCAGUUCUGCACCAGGCACCCCGCACUGAACGCCUGUGUUUACAGCUUCGCCUCCCAGCAAGUAAUCCUGCAGCAGUACAGAGCUGGCUUCUACUUUUUUAGGCUGAUACAUAUUUUUAACCCUCCUAAUCUAGUAGACAGUUAGGGACGGACAACACUUAAUUUUCUCCCCUUUCCCCUCUUGGGGAACAAACCACACAGUUGUGCAAAAUGUCCGCUCCUAAACCCUGGCAGAUAUUUAUUUCAGAAGUGGCUGGUGUAGUUUCUCCCUAGCUAGCACCAGGAGUUUUUUGUCUGUGGAUGGCAGGUGUGAGUGGCUGCUAGUACCGUGUGUGUUGGAGGAAGCAGCGUCGGGUACAGAAAAUGCGGCUUUGCUUAGUGAUUAAAUCAAUGAGCAUUACUUGAAGGUGCCUUAACAGAGUGCCAUAUCCAAACUUUGAAACAUCUAAUGUGAUAUCAUAGCAGAGGCAGCCCUCUACUGUGCAUAUUAACAUCUAAAAAAUACAGCAAAGAAAAGUGAUCCUGAGGGAUUUCUUUUUUUUUUUUUUUUUUUUUUCUUUCUUUCUAGCCUGGCAUUCAAAGUGAUCUGAGGAGAUAGUAAUAGUCCACAGCUUUUAAUAUUUUGUAUCCACUUAUUCCCUUUCUGCUGUACUUUGCUUCCCAUGGUGGCUGUUAGGCUAGAAAAAUCCCAGGCACACACACCAGGAGGUCUGGGGCCCUAAGCCGGGAGUGCAUGCCAUUAGCCAAUUUAAAACGGGGAAUGAGGGUGGCAGAAGUGCUCCAUAAUCCUCCAAUAGCCCCAAAAUACAGAGGUUUCAGGGCAGUGUUUCUGUUAUCCAGUUUUAUCCCAUUCCAGUCUUGCCUGGUCUGACUGGAAAUUGCUGUUGAGUUUGGAUCCGUGCCUCCAGCAUUUUAGGCAAGUACUGUAUCACCCAGCUCAAGGAGCUGCUCCACCAGCUGAGGUUAGCGUGGCAAGCGUACCUGCGACCAAGUGGUGUUUUGCACAUUGCAGUUUGAUGGGAGCGAUGGCUGACUCUCACCGCCAGCCGGUAUGAUCGGAUGUUAAUGGCUACUUUGUUGUUGCUGGGCAAGGAAAUUGGCUUUGUUUUGUUUCCCCUGAUAAAGGAUGCAUGAACUUUUGUGUUUAACCUCCUUAUGCAACUGCAGCACAGUAUUGCACCACAGGGAAUAGAUUUAGGACAGUGAAGAGUGUUCAGUAAUGGAGCUUCCUGAUUGUUGAUCUCCACUAAAUAGAGAGAUAUUACUUUCCCCUUUAUUUUGUGCCUUUAAAAAAAAAAAAAAAACCAAGAAAAAACAACAGUGUAUGGUUUUGAGUUUUAUAAAAGCAAUAAGAUGUUCAAAUCACUCCAGUGCAUUUCUGGUUGAUGAUUCCACUUCUUUAGUGUCUGAAGUCAGAUACUCUUCCUUCUGCCUUAUGCACUCAAGGCAUGCAAUAAUUCCCCAGAAGUGUACUGCUUGUCACAUCUCAUUGCAGUUAUAAAAUUGCCCUAUUUUUGAAGAAAAAAAGAAGGAUGGAGAGAUAGAUAUAUAUAUCUUUAUAUAUAUUAUGGAUAUACAGGUAUAUAUAUUAUUUAUAUAAUCUCAUGACACUAAAAGUAGUUGCAAAAAUGUAACUGGAAUUAAAAUAUGUUAUCAUGUAAAACUCUAUCCUCUGUUAAUUAGCUUUGAUUUAAUAUUUUAAUAUCUCUGUAUUUAUGUAAAUCUGUGUAAAUUAUGUGGUCUAUAAGUAAAAUUUCAUACUGACUUUAAUUUUCUCAAAACUGUGAGCUUCUUGUGGUGUCAUUUAAGGUUUUUUUUUAUUUCUAAAGUUAAAUUAUACAAGAUACAAGAAGUUAUAAAUUCCUAUUAUCGCCCAGAAAUACUGCAAUAAGGUUCAUGCGUACUCCCAAUACACGAUCCUGUCUUGAAGUAUUGCAAGCUUAUGAGGUUUAAUUGAACGGUCUCAGGAGAUCUAGCUGAUACAAGCAGGACAUGUAGGCUUUCAUUUUCAUGAAACAAUAAGCAAUCUAGGGAAUAGAUGUGGAUUUUUAAAACAGAGUUUAUGCUUGGAGGUUCUGUCAAAUCAAUUGCUGCAAAACCCUACAGCUACAGCUAAACUUCUGCACUUAGCAUUCAGUAUUAAUAAGGCUGAUGCUUCUUUCCCCUCCCCCCUCCUACUUAAACUAGAAAAGUGUAGGAAAUUGUUCAUAUUUCUAAAGCAUACAUUUUCAGCUAACUGUGAAAUUGCCCAAAGGGUUUUGAAUAUACAUAUUUUAUGCAAGUGUAAUAUGUAUGUAUCUGUAUCCAUAUAUUUAAAUAUUUUUUGUGUAACCUUUUCUACGAUAUUUGAUAGAGAUGCUGGGUAAAUGCUUGUACCAUUCUCGUACGUAAAGAAGGAUUUAUACCCUCUUGAUGUGGACAUUCUUUUUCCUGUGAAUUUGCACUGGUUUCGGCAAGUUAUGAUGGAGACCGGGCAGCUGAGUGCUGACUGCUGGAAGAACAGACAGUCUUCUCUCUGUUAAGGGGCACAUCUUCCAGCUGGAUUUUCCUGGUUUGGAAUUGGAGCCGGUUGCCCACUAGCAUCCUGCAUGUGUAAGAAUAAGAAGUGCUGUGGCGCUGAACAGUUCCUGUCCAGUGCAGCCGUCAUCCCGUGGAAGAAGCACGACAGCAGUGACUUAUUUUGUAGGUCCUAGUGAAAACAGAGAGCCUGCCGGGCGGUGUGGUGGCAGCGCUGGGGCUGGAUCGGAGAGUCGGCGAUGCCUCGUCCGGUGUUCCCAUCCUCAGAGCCUGCUGCUGCCCUGGGGCUUCGUCCAGCUCCUGCUGGCAUCAACAGGAGUGGCUUCCGCUGACUGUCAAGGGACUUGGAUCCCGUCUGUAGUCCACAUGGAUGGUGACAGCUCUCCACAUCACCACCGCUGGCCCUGCUCCUCACUCGUCCCGGCAGUCUCCGAGGGGAUGGAGACCACUGCAUCCCACGAGGGCUGGGAUGCUUCAGCCCGGCAGCACUGGGGAACCCGCUCUGCUGCUGUCAGCUCUGCUUCUACAGACUGAGGCGUUUAGGUUUCCACAUGGAUCCUAUGUGGAUCGUGGACAGGGAAUGUCAUUUCAUUAAAAUGUGUCAUUCCAGCAUUUUUUUUCUGUGGAGGUUUGUCUACUGCAAAUGUAGUCUCAGAUGAAGUUUGCAGGCUCUCCAUCCAGACAUGUUUUAGCUUUUGAUACAUCUCUCUCAGACAUAUAUCUGUAUAUAUAGAUAUAUAUCUUGAAAGAAAUGCUGGACAAAAAGCAAAGAACAGAGACUCCACAUUAUAGACAAAACUGUCCUAUGACUAAAAACUCUUUUUUUUUCUUUUAUUUUUAAUUAAUUUUAAAGGCUACUAUCUUUAAUGUAAAUAGCAAGUUACUAUGUGAUUAACAUUUUCCAUAGCAUUUCUGAGUAGUUGCUAUCUUGUUUCUGGAAAGCUAUGUCCAGUGUUAUGAAGCAACUGUGCUUUUCUUCUUCUAUUGUUAUGAAUAUGAGUGCAACUUUUAUGUAGGGAGGAAAAAGAACAUGACUUGACUCUUUAGACAGGACUGAAUUAUUUUAAAUCCAGUCAUAGGACUUGGUUGCUUUUUUUUCUUUCUAGUGGUUAUUCUCUCUGCACGUUUGUAUUUUUUCUAUGGGUACUUGAAACCCUACAUUUUAAUAAGUAUGCAAGAUAUGAAGGGAAACACAAAAAAUGAAGUAGGAAACAUUCUUUUUCCUCUUUUGUGUAAAUAGCAAAAUUUAUAAUGACUUAGAUACCAUUUCAUUACCUUUCUCAUCUAUAUAGAAGUUGGCAUGCCUCAUAUACAAAUCUUUAAUAACUCUUUCAUUUAUGUUAAAAAUUAGAACUGCAUUUAUCCAGGACUGACUCUGUCAUCUCUUUCUGGUAUCUAACUCUUUUUUUCCCUGAAGCCAAGUUUUCCAUCUGAUCGCUAAAUAAAUUUCUAGUAGAACAGAGCCUCCUUCUGUUUUUAGUCUUUUACAUGUAGGUCUCUGGUCUGAAUCCAGCCAAACUCAAUAGUGUAGAAAGUGAGUUACAAACUUGUAAAAACUGGAUGGCGUAUGAGCCUUGAGGAGAGAGGUGACUGUCUGUCAAGCAAACAGGUGAAAUGCCUGCCAAUGGUGAUAGUUAGCUUUCCCGUUUGGAGUUGUGGAAGUGAAGUCUCCCCAUCCACUGGAUGGACCUGGGUGAAGGGCAAUGCAUUCCAGCCACAGCAGAGACAAGUAUUAAUGUCUUUCCUGAUACCGUUGCUUUAAAACAUCAUUUUCUAUAUGACACUAGAUCUCAUUACUGUAAAUUAUAUGUAAUAUAUUUCUUAUUCAAAUCAAAGAAGUUUUCAUUGCUUCAUUGGUACUAUAUGUUCUUUGUGGAUAACUAGAAGAUUCAUUUUCCAACCCUUUUAACCCAAUACCUCCACAAGCAUCAAUUUUGUAUGAGUUAGGAAAUAAAUAAAUAUUUGGAUCAGAA